AUGCAGAUGAAGGCCUGGCUCGUCACGAACGUGAUCUGCGUGGCGACGAUCGACCCGAUCAUCAGCGUGUUAGAGUGUCGGCUCUACGUCUUCUCCGAAUUCCCCGACCGGGCAAAGGCGAGGAAUUCCAGGUCCUCUUCUCGCUGCAAUCCCGCUCGAGAUGAAAUCCUUCGGGUCAGGUUCGGCCCGCAGACCGAGGAGGUAGACGCGCGACCUCGUGAGAUUCCCGAACCCUUCGGAGCCGUGACACGGCUGCGCAUGCGCAAAGCAGGAUCGAUCACCGUCUUCCCCGCAAUGCGCCUCCUUCAGUCGUCUCGUCUCCCUUCUCUCCAACAGACUCCCAUCGACUUCUUGAUCAAGAAGAGUCUUUGA